UGCUGCCGGCUGCGCCAUCCCGGACCCAGACUUCUGCACCGGCCAGGGGGCCCUGACUCCAGCUUCAGAGACCCUGCUCCAGCUACUGCAAACAUGUCAGCGGAAAAGUCAGGCCUUCCAGACUCGGUUCCCCACACUUCGCCGCCGCCCUACAAUGCCCCCCAACCUCCGGCCGAGCCCCCCAUCCCGCCCCCACAAACGGCCCCCUCCUCGCACCAUCACCACCACCACCACUACCACCAAUCUGGCACUGCCACCCUCCCGCGCUUAGGGGCAGGUGGGCUGGCCUCUGCCUCGGCUAGCGCUCAGCGUGGUCCUUCGUCCUCCGCCACGCUACCGCGGCCCCCCCACCAUGCCCCACCCGGUCCCGGCGCUGGGGCUCCUCCACCCGGCUGCGCUACCUUACCCCGCAUGCCACCCGACCCUUAUCUGCAGGAGACUCGCUUCGAGGGCCCACUUCCCCCACCGCCGCCGGCGGCCGCCGCCCCGCCCCCACCAGCACCAGCCCCGACGGCCCAAGCCCCGGGCUUUGUGGUGCCCACGCACACGGGGGCGGUGGGCACACUGCCGCUGGGGGGCUACGUGGCGCCCGGCUACCCGCUGCAGCUGCAGCCCUGCACUGCCUAUGUUCCGGUGUAUCCGGUGGGCACGCCCUACGCAGGCGGGACCCCUGGGGGGCCGGGAGUGACCUCCACUCUGCCCCCGCCGCCCCAGGCCCCAGGGCUGGCUCUGUUGGAGCCCAGGCGCCCGCCACACGACUACAUGCCCAUCGCUGUAUUGACCACCAUCUGCUGCUUCUGGCCUACAGGCAUCAUCGCCAUCUUCAAGGCCGUGCAGGUGCGCACGGCCUUGGCCCGCGGAGACAUGGUGUCCGCCGAGAUCGCUUCACGCGAGGCCCGGAACUUCUCCUUCAUCUCCCUGGCCGUGGGCAUCGCAGCCAUGGUGCUCUGUACCAUCCUCACUGUAGUCAUCAUCAUCGCCGCCCAGCACCACGAAAACUACUGGGAUCCCUAAAACCACCCCCCUGUCGGCCCCACUCCGUGCCCCCCAACCUCCCAGGCGCGUCGUGCAGUCCUGCCGCCAAUCCAACGCGCGCCCUGCACAUCCUCCUGCGGCGCCGCUGGACUUCCAGACAUCAAAAACUCCGCCCCCACGGAACCU